AUGGAUCUGACAACUAAGGACAACGUGAACUUUAAUGUAGAUAAGCAAGGGGGGCAGCACAUGGUUCUAAAGCAAGCAAAGAAAUCAGACAGGAAUAAUGUUGACAGUAUGGACUUCAACAUUCUGCGCAAAUCUCUCAGUGAUUGUUACUGGAUUCAGAGUCCUGAAGCAGACCAUUCUAAGACAGAUGAGGAGGUGUUAGCAGUGUCUGCUUUGCUGAAAAGAUGCUGGCUUGCGAGAGUUCCAGAUCUGUGUCGCCUGCAGAAAACUCCCCUGCUCUGUAUUCCGGAGCGGCCUCAGAAUAGGUGGCGGAGGAAGUUUCGGGCAGAAUAUCCAAGUGCGCAAAGGCAGCCGUCUGUCCCGUGCUCCAGCGCUGCCUUUGCUCUCAGCGCCACAGCGCUGAACGGUUGGCGCAAAGAGCUCGAGACAAAAAGCAUUUACCCAAAAUUCCAGCAGGGUGACUACCACAUUGAUGUGUGCAUCAAUGACUACCUGGAUGUAUUCUGCCCUCACUAUGAAGAUUCAGUGCCAGAAGAUAAGACCGAACGCUAUGUUCUGUACAUGGUGAACUUUGAUGGCUACAGCUCCUGCGAUCACAUUUCCAAAGGGUUCAAGAGGUGGGAGUGCAAUCGUCCACACUCUCCGAAUGGACCACUGAAGUUCUCAGAAAAAUUCCAACUCUUCACACCCUUCUCACUAGGAUUUGAGUUCAGGCCAGGCCGGGAGUACUUCUACAUCUCUUCUGCGAUCCCAGAUAAUGGAAGGAGAUCCUGCCUAAAGCUUAAGGUCUUUGUGCGACCAGCAAACAGCUGUAUGAAAACUAUAGGUGUUCAUGAUCGUGUUUUCGAUGUUAACGACAAAGUAGAAAAUUCAUUAGAACCAGCAGAUGAUACCGUACAUGAGUCAGCCGAGCCAUCCCGUGGUGAGAACGCGGCACAGACACCGAGGAUACCCAUCCGGCUUUUGGCAACUCUAUUGUUCCUCCUGGCAAUGCUUUUGUUAUUAUAGCAAAGUAUGCUCCAGCAACCUGUCGCAGAAAAUUUCAGGGUCUUGGAACAUCAAAGAUCUGCCUAACUGCUCAUCCCAAGAAAGGGACUUUAUUGUUUUUGCAGAUGUCAAAUCGUUAUUUUUCCCUUUUCCCUUUUCUUCUCCCUUUUAGCCUGAACUCAGCAAAAAUUUGAAGGGGAUAACUAGCUUCAGCACCCAUCCCUACCUACCCUGUGACUUUCUGAACCCCUCCAUACAAAUAAAAGGACUCCAAAUGAAAAUGCCAAACUAUAAUAGUGACACUAGUGAUUCUUAUUUUCCUCUGCAUUCUCCUUUAAGAAGUCACCUCUGUUAGCUCACUGUGUCAUCCGAAUGUAGACAAGGAAGAGUAGUGGCAAAUACAGUCAGUGGAGGAUAAGCAAACUGAAUGAAAGUCUGGGAGAGUUGUUCUCUCCAAUACAAUAUUUAUGCCUUCUCAUUCAGAACUGUAAGAUGAUCAUGCAGGGCAUCGUGUCACCGUGUCAGGACUGGAGGGGAAAUAUUAAUAGCAGAUAUAACACCAUUUCCUCCGGGAGUUCUAAAUGAGCAGGCUUCUGAAAGGGAAAGGUAGUGUUUCUUAUAGGACUGUCCUGAAACACCUUUUUUUGCUCACAAGUAGAAACGCUGUCUUUGGUGAGAGAAAGAAGUUAGUAUUUAGAAAUGUUAGCACACAGCAGGCAAGGUCAGAUUUAGGAAACUUCACUGGGGGUGUGAGUGCCUCUGUUAUUUCGUUUUAAGGGGAUAUUGCACACCGGGUUAUUUUAUUU